AUGUGUAGAGCGAGUGUUUUCGUCCGCGACCGGUGCCUAACGGUGGUGACGCUUGCAGAGGAGCACGUGCGCCUCUGCGUGGGCCCCGGCGGCAGGCCGCGGCUGUGGGUGCGCGGCCGGAGCUUCUACGCGGCGCACACGAUGCGCUCCGGCAUCGUCCGCUGGCGGUGCACGAUGGGCGGCUGCGGCUGCAAGGCGUACACGCAGAAAGGCACACUGCACAAGCUCGUCGGCGAGCACAACCACGCGGGCCGAUGCGGCCGGCGCGGGCCGCGCGCCCCUCCGCCCCCCGCCUCGCCCCCCUCGCCCCUCCUCACGCCGAGGAUGCCGCGGCUCGACUUCGACAACUUCGACCCGACCGCGUGGCUGGUCCGGUAC